UGACCCAGUAAGCUGAUCGAGACUCCGUUCCAAAUUGUAUGUUCCUUGGUGCGCACUAAUAAUGUUAUUGGUCCAAGUUCGACCCAAGCCAUGUACACAGUUACUUGACUGUAGUUGUGUUACAAGCUUGGCUCCGAGUUUUGGUCGACCGCCGCCAUCUUAAUUUUUCCACUUUAAACAUCUGUUCCUUAAUAGUUGAAACUUUUAACUCUUAACCCUCCUACCCGGCAUUUCGUCGUGUUGCCGUUGACAUUUUAUAAUUUAUCCGUCUACACGAAUAAAUUCAAUUCAAUUCUAUUCGCUUUCUUUUUUUUUAAAAAAAAAAAAAACAAUCGAAGAUCGUCCCAAAAUGAAUAACAAAGAACAGCAUACUACUCCGUUAAACAUAAAUGAUGAAUCUGGUAAAACUAGUGAUUCGCUUGCGUUGAACAACACUAAUUUACAUGAUUCUGAAAACUUUGACAUUAAUCAUUCGGUUUUGAAACACAAUGACUCAAUUCAAGGUACUAGUGAUCCUGUGAAGUAUUUAGAUUUACAACGUAUGUUUAAUGAACAAAAAAAUACUAUGAUGGUCUUAAAAUUAUCAGCAUAUGAAAAAGCUUUAAAUGAAAGAGAUCAUACUAUUAAAUCCAUGCAUACGGAGAUGAUGAACAAUCAAAAUGAUUCCUAUGUUAUUUCUCGCCAAUACCAAAGUAUUAUGGAAAAAACAAAUUAUAUCAGUGAUACAUGCAUAAGUUUAAAUACAAAGUUUACAAAUAUUUGUGAACGUUUAAAUAGACUUGGAGAUAUUGUUGAUAAUGCAAAAGUUAGACAAAAUGAUGUGAUGAUUUUGGUAAAUCAAACUACUAAUACAUUUCAACAGAAAGUUCUUAAUAUAUCAGACAGCAUUGAUGAUUCAUUAAAACAAAUGAAUAUAGAAAAAAUAAGAAUAAAACAAGAACUAGAAGUCUUGAAUAAUAACUAUUCUCGUGAUAUAAGUGUUUAUAAAACCGAUUUAGAAAAAUGUAUGACAGAAAUGGAACACUUAAAAUCAAAGAAUAAUGCUUUAUUAGAUAAAUGUAAUGAAUCCAUAAUCAAAUUAAACGAAGAAAAAGAAACUGCAUUAAAACUAAAUCAACAGUUUGAAAAAGAACUAAAUGAUAAAGAAAAACAAAAUAAAUUGCUUACUGAUGAUAAUAUGUCUAUAAGUAUAAAACUUGAUGAAAUACUAAAUGAAAAUCAAACUUUAAAGAAUGAAAUUGAUUUAAUGAAAACUUCUCUGGAUGAAAAUAAGCAACAGUUAAGUAUGCAAUCAAUUUUAGUUAAAGAACAAACUGAAUUAUUAGAAAACCUAAAAGUAUCCGUUGAAUUAAAUGAUGUACUCAAAAAAGAUAAUUUAGUCUUAAAAGAACGUAAUGAACAUCUUGAAAAAAUUAACCAUGAUAUAAUGGAAGAUAUUAAUAAAAAUGAAUUAUUCCAAAAUAAAAUUCAAGAAGAAAAAGAAAAACAAUUUAAAGAAAUGUGUAACAAUUACGAUGAAUUAUUGAAUAUGCAAGGAGAAAAGAUAAUAGACUUGACUGAAACAUUAAAAUUACAAAAAGAAAAAGAAAACCAAUUUCAAAAUCAAAUAAUUGAAUUAGAACAAGAAGUUAAUGAGUCUAAUAACACCAUUAUCAAUUUACAAGACGAUUUAAAAUCUAAACUUUUAUUGUUACCUGAUUUACAACAUGAAAUUGAGGAUUUAAAAACUAAGUUAGCAAAAUCUCAAGAGAACUCAAAUAUCACUGCAAAAAAAUUUUUAUUAGAAAAAAAUGAAUUAGAAAAAGAUAAAAAAGAAUUAGAAAAUCGAAACAAGGAUUAUUGUAAGCAAAUUGAAAAAUUGAAUUCAAAUUACAUAGGAUAUAAAUCAAAAUCCAAACUGUUGUAUAAUGAAGUUAUGAGAUUACGUUCUCAAUGUUCAAGAUCAGACCAGAAAAAAACUCCUCGAGUCACUUUACCUUUAGAAAAUAUUGAGGAUGAUGAUGUAAUUAUAAUUGACAAAGAUAUACCCAACCAGGAUGUUAGUAUUUGGUCUACUUCAAAAAAAAUUAGCCUAAAGUCUAACAGUUCAAAUUCCAAAAGAAAUUCUUCACCUCUAAAAUAUAUUGACAAUUCUAAAAUAAAGAAACAAAAAAUAACAGCUGAUAUUAUACCUCAACAAGAAAUUUUUAAAUAUAACAAACAUUUAAAAGAAAAUCAAGAAUGUAAAAAUAUAAAUUCAAUUAACUCUGUCUCAAAUACUGGUUCAAAUCUAACUAAGAAAAACGAAUUUAAAAAACUUUCAGUUAAGCAUCAAGGAAAAUUAAAACCGAUUAAUGAACAAAAUAUUGAGUACUCUAAGCCAAAUUCACCAGUAAUCCUAACUCCUGCUCCUUCUAACAUAAUGUAUAUGGAAAAUGUAUUUCGAUCAAAUUGUUAG